AUGGAUAAUACUACCAUGGAGUCCGUGACGCUCAUGACACCGCAGAACAGAAAUGUUCACGGAUAUAUUUUUGGGGGAUAUCUUAUGUUAUUGGCUUAUGAGCUUGCAUUCUCAACUGCAUGCGUAUUUCUUCGUAGCAGACCAAUAUUCUUAGCCUUGGAUGAAAUUUCCUUUCGAAAAUCAGUUCCAAUCGGAUCAAUACUAAAUAUGAGUUCUCAAAUAGUUUGUUCACCAGGGCCACCACAUAAAAGUUUCCAAAUUGCGGUCACGGCCGAUGUUAUAGACAUUGAAAAUGAAAAACGCGAAACUACAAACGUUUUUCAUUUUACUUUUACCUCAAAUAAUUUGGAUGACGUUCGUAGAGUGAUGCCAAAGACUUACGAUGAAGCAUUGAAGUAUAUUGAAGGUAGAAGACGUAGGAAUGUUGGGUUAAAACUUCGAAAAUUGUAUAUUGAAUCAAUUAAUGAUUCCUUCUAA